CCUCUCUUUGUAUCCUAAAUCUCAAACACAGAGAAAAUCCAGUUGUUUGUUUCUCUUCUCUCAAGUUCGUUUUUUCAAUCGUGAGCGUCGACCAUGGUGAAGGACGUGACGGAACAGGGAUCAUUCUCGGGGAAGGACUACCAUGACCCACCACCAACACCAUUGUUUGAUGCGGCGGAGCUGACCAAGUGGUCAUUUUACAGAGCUUUGAUUGCUGAAUUUAUAGCAACUUUGCUCUUUCUUUACAUCACUAUUUUGACUGUCAUUGGAUACAAAAGCCAGACUGAUCCUGCCAAGAAUGCCGACUCUUGUGGUGGUGUUGGAAUUCUCGGCAUCGCUUGGGCCUUCGGCGGCAUGAUCUUUAUUCUUGUUUACUGCACCGCUGGUAUUUCAGGAGGGCACAUUAAUCCAGCAGUAACAUUCGGGUUAUUCCUGGCCCGAAAGGUCUCACUGGUGAGGGCGGUGAUGUACAUGGUUGCUCAGUGCUUAGGAGCCAUAGCCGGCGCCGGAUUGGUGAAGGGCUUCCAGAAUUCGUACUACAAGAGGUAUGGUGGUGGGGCCAACAGUCUGGCUGAUGGGUACAGCACAGGCACUGGAUUGGGUGCUGAGAUCAUCGGCACUUUUGUUUUGGUCUAUACUGUGUUCUCCGCCACUGAUCCGAAGAGGAAUGCAAGAGACUCCCAUGUGCCCGUUUUGGCUCCACUUCCUAUUGGAUUUGCUGUGUUCAUGGUUCACUUGGCCACCAUUCCAAUCACUGGCACUGGCAUCAACCCAGCCAGAAGUCUAGGAGCUGCUGUUAUCUACAACCAGGACAAGCCCUGGGAUGACCAUUGGAUCUUUUGGGUUGGACCCUUCAUUGGUGCAGCCAUUGCAGCUUUCUAUCACCAAUUCAUAUUAAGGGCAGGAGCUGUGAAGGCUCUUGGCUCAUUCAGAAGCAACCCUACUGUUUAAGGGAAGGCUCAUUGGUCUUAAUAAUGAAGGAGAAGCAUGUGCCUGUUGGUUUCAUCAUUAGCCCUGCUUUGUGUGGUAGUUAUUGCGUUGGGAUGUUGAGAAAUGUGUGAGAGAAAAGGGUUCUAAAGGAUUGUGGAAUUUGUAGAUAUGAAAGUCUCUUUUAAAAGAGGAGACUUUUGAUUAUCUUUUAGUAUUAUUGUUACUAUUAUUAUUUUUACUUGUUUUUUUUUUUUUGUCCUUUUUGAAUUUACUUAGCAAUGUCCCAUUUUGAGUUGGUUCAA